GUUGUGACUGAACUAGCAGCCCAGAUCAUGCGUGUGGCUCAAGGUCCCUGGAGCACCAGCCUUGACCUGCCCACCAAACGAAAUUCCGGCCUCAUCAACUCCCUUCUCGGUAUCCCUAAGGUCAUGAAUGAUGCCGGAAGAAGAUAAUCAUUUCCUAAACUUUCUGUUAAAAU